AUGGACACAACUGGGUCACCCAAGGUGCGGCUGCCAGUCAGAUUAGAAGAGGACUCCUUAACCAGAUUAACAGAAAUAAAGAAAAGCAAGGAAGAAGAACUGAAAGACAAUCUCCUUAAGAAAAAUCUAGAUAAAGAAAAAUCCCUGAUAGAGGAGAAGAAGAAGAAAAUAAUUCAAAUAGUAGAGUACAUGGAGGAGAACAACAGCAUUAUGUCAGAUAAGAGCACAAUAGAGAACCAAAGAGACCUGUCUCAUCUCCUUUCCGACUUUGACAUUGACCUAGAGAAAUGUGGAUACUCCAUGAGUUACAGGGAGGUGGAAAAUGAUAAAAAUAUGCUGGAUUCUAUGCUUGGUGAACUUUUGGACGGAGAUAACAUCACUGCUAUAGAAACCAAUUCAUUUCAAUACAGUGAAAAUUCUGUAUUAAUUUUGGAUGCCUUAAAUGAAGAUAUGUGCUGCUUAAUGGCAAAGGAUUCAAAGUACAUUAAACUGGUCAGCAAACAAGGGGAGAAAGAACAUAAAUUCAAAAUUGUUUGUGAUGAUUUUUGUGUAUCAAAUGAGAGUAUCUAUUUCACAACAGAAAAUACCAUUUGCAACCUUUCUCAAUCAGGAUCAGUUUCAAGAGUUUUUAGUACACAUCUUCUAGAACCUAUGAGAAUUUGUAAUUCAGUUAACAAUGGUUGUUUUGUUUCUUUGAUAGACUCUGAAUGCAAAAGUUUUGAUGACAUAGAUUAUAGUUCCCAACGCUUAGUGAGCCACUUGACAUUGACCGGUGAUGUUAUUCACGAGUAUGAGUACCAGCAGGACGGACAAACCAGACUGUUUACAGCACAUUACAGACUCUGUCAGAAUAGCAACUCGGAUAUUUGCGUUGUGAACAUGACAGGGGACAACAAAGGUGAGAUUGUGAAUGUCUCUGUCUCUGGUGAUCUGAGAUCUGUCUACCGUGGGAAAGAGAACUUUUGGCCGACUGACAUUGUGUGUGACUCUUAUUGUAACAUUCUUUUUAUUGAUCACCUUAAAAGCAUCCACUUGCUGAGUCCUGAAGGAAAAUUUUUGAAAUGCCUUUUGACAGAAAAAGAAAUAGAAAACCCAUUAGCAUUGUCACUGUCCAAGUCUACUCUGUGGGUAGGAAAUGAUAAUGGGCUUGUGAAAGUGUUUCAUUAUGAAAAUUGA